AUGCCUAUCGCCAUCACUCCUCCUGAGACCAAGGCCAACCCCAUGAGCCUGGCCGCUGUCUACGAGAACAAGAAGCGCAAGAUCAUCUGCUUCUCAGAUUUCGAUGGAACCAUCUUCAUGCAGGACACCGGCCACAUCCUCUUCGAUAACCACGGCUGCGGCUCCAAGAAGCGCGAGAUCCUGGACGAGCAGAUCAAGACCGGCGAGCGGUCUUUCCGCGAGGUCUCCGAGGAGAUGUGGGGUUCUCUCAACGUCCCCUUCGACGACGGCUUCGAGGUUAUGGAAAAGACCCUGGAGAUCGACCCUGACUUCCACGACUUCCACAAGUUCUGCAUCGCCAACUCAAUCCCCUUCAACGUCAUCUCCGCCGGUCUCAAGCCCAUAUUGAGGAGAGUUCUCGACACCUUCUUGGGCGAGGAGGAGUCUUCUCACAUUGACAUCGUCGCCAACGAUGCCGAGAUCACGGAUGACGGAACCGCAUGGAAGCCUGUCUGGCUCCACGACAACGAGCUCGGCCACGACAAGGCCCUCUCCAUGGGUGUGGCUCGCACGCAGGCCGAGAUGGAGUGCGAGGACGGCAGCAUCCCUCUUAUCGUCUUCAUCGGCGACGGCGUUUCGGAUCUUCCUGCCGCCCGCCAAGCCGACGUCCUGUUCGCUCGCAGGGGUCUGAGAUUGGAGGAGUACUGCGUCGAGAACAAGAUCUCGUACAUCCCCUUCGACACCUUCGCCGACAUCCAGAAGAAGAUUGAGGAGAUCAGGGAGGAGGACGACAAGAAGACCGGCGGCAAGGGUAUGCCCGCCGCCUUCAACCCCCGCGCCAACAUGUGGCGCCGCAUGUCGAGCAAGACCGCCGUUCCUCGCAUGGUCGCCAUGUCGCCUCAGGAGGAGAAGAUGUUCCUGUGGCCCGAUAUGUUCACUGUUGUUUCUCCUGUCGAGAAGGCCAGGGUCGCGCCCGUUCUGGCUUGA